GCCGGUCGCCGCCGCCGCCAUCGCCGCCAUGGCCUGGGGCGCCUCGCUCGCCGAGUGCCUGCGCGAGUGGGAGGAGCUGCAGGACGGCUACCAGCGCAUCCAGGACAACCACAAGCUAUACAAGCAGAAACUCGAGGAGCUGACCAAGCUGCAGGAUGGCAUCUCCAGCUCCAUCGCCCGGCAGAAGAAGCGCCUGAAGGAGCUGUCCCUGUCCCUCAAAAAAUGCAGAGCCCAGGCGAGUCCCGAGCAGCAAGCAUCCAUCCAAGAGACCCAGAGCCUGAUUAAAGAGAGGCAGAACGUGUUCUUUGAGAUGGAGGCCUAUCUGCCAAAGAAGAACGGGUUGUACCUGAGUCUGGUGCUCGGCAAUGUGAACGUGACCCUGCUCAGCAAACAGGCCAAGUUUGCAUAUAAAGAUGAGUACGAGAAGUUCAAGCUCUACCUCACCAUCAUCCUCCUCAUUGUCUCCUUCUCCUGUCGGUUCCUCCUCAACUCCAGGGUGACAGACGCCGUCUUCAACUUCCUCCUGGUGUGGUACUACUGCACCCUCACCAUCCGCGAGAGCAUCCUCAUCAACAACGGCUCCAAGAUCAAAGGCUGGUGGGUUUUCCAUCACUACAUCUCCACCUUCCUCUCAGGUGUCAUGCUGACGUGGCCAGAUGGGCUCAUGUACCAGAUGUUCAGGAACCAGUUUCUGUCCUUCUCCAUGUACCAGAGCUUUGUGCAGUUCCUGCAGUAUUACUACCAGAGCGGGUGCUUGUACCGGCUGCGGGCGCUGGGGGAGAGGCACAACAUGGACCUGACUGUGGAGGGCUUCCAGUCCUGGAUGUGGAGAGGCCUCACGUUCCUGCUUCCCUUCCUCUUCUUUGGGCAGUUCUGGCAGCUGUACAACGCCAUCACCCUGUUCCGCAUGCUGCAGCACCCCGAGUGCAAGGAGUGGCAGGUCCUCAUGUGCGGCCUCCCCUUCUCCAUCCUCUUCCUGGGCAACUUCUUCACCACGCUGCGUGUCGUCCACCAGAAGAUCCAGAACAAGAACCAGGACACGAAGGAGAACUGAAGUG